AUGCCGUCCAACUACUCAUCAUCUGCUCGCAAUGAGAGAUAUGAAGAGGUGGUUAUGCUUAUGACUGUAAGACGCCAUGAUACCGAGAAGCACUAUGAGGUGACUCAAGUUCUUAAAGACGGAAGCGUCUUUGCGAUGACUGACGUACCAUUCCCACCCAGGACCAGACGUCGCAAUCGUCUUCUGUGCUCAGCAGAUCAAGCAAUCGGAAGCAAACCGUCGUCGCACAUGAGCGCAGUCCACUUCCCAAGGGUUGAAACUCAUCUCGCCAGCCACGCCGCCCGCCAAAUCGCGCGAUCCGCCACCGUGACCCAGAAAUUUCCCGGCAGCAGAUAA